CACAACCGUCGUCAUCAUCUCCGCUGCUCAAAACCUUCGAAGAAAAACCCGCGACGGGACACAACAAACACGAACACGAACACAAACAAAACCGCUAACAACAAUACUUCUACCCUCCGCCAACGGGACGAGACGGUACGGUACGGUACGGCACAACACAUUUCCUUCGAGGAUCCAUUCAACGCAACGCAUUGCACCGUCGCGAGACAGCACUCGAGACAGCACUCGAGACACACCAUGCCGGUGGGGACGAGAUCGUCGCCGGCGGAGGAAGGGGAGACGAACUGGGCCGAAGCCGCUGCCGCUUCCGUGGGGCMUCCCGGGGCUGCGUUCGAUCGAUUUACGCCGCGGGAAUACGACGAAGACAACGAGGACGACGACGAGGAAUGGGUGAACGACGRUGCUGUGGACGACCACGGGGACGAAGCGGAGGAAGCAGCAGCAGUGGCCAGCGGCCGCGGGACGGAAAAGAAUCUCCGCCUGCCGUGGAUACUGAAGGUCGCCAUCCCGGGCAGCAGAAUGGCUCACGGAAGCGACGGMGACAACGAAACCGAAGAAUCCCUGGCGAGCAUCUACAUCGACGCCGGAAUGAACGCCGACCGCCUAGGAAGGUGCAUCGUCCAGGCCGCAUCUGUAUCUGUUGGCCCCUCCCAAACCGCCGCAUCCAGGGAACGAAAGRGAUCYUUUCUUGGGUACAGCGAGGACGASGGUGACGACGGUCGGGGCAGGACCCUGGUGGGUCUCUUCGGAAGGCACGACGGUGUCUUCUAYUCCCUGGAAUGCAUCCUCGCACUGAACCCGAUGGACGGCGAACGCCGGACGUUUUGCGUGGAAAAGCCRGUGCCCCCCGCACCSGUGGUUCCGGCUGCGGAGAAGGAGUGGAAUGCCUYGUUCCUCUCGUCGCUUGCAACCACCGAACGGACGAUCGGCUUGGGUGUGGCCGGGCUCGUGCUGUCGGUGUUUGUCGUGCCGAAAAUCCUCCGGUAUUUCAMCAACUGCCGGCGGUUUGUAGGUCGCCGCGUCGASGAUGUCACGCUGCUCGUUUCCUCGGCCCUAUUCUGGAUUCCCAGCGACCUGCCUUCCAUGUGGCGGAUGAUCUCCGACGUCCUGGACUGGCCGGCCCGGGAGAUCUAUCGAUACGGACCCCCGGCCGUGGGCUGGGAGGGGAGGGACCUGAUCGACGUCUGCGUCCAGAUGAACCGGCGCUAUUAUUUCGCCGGCCUGGGCACCACCGGCAGCGAGUACGAGGAGCGCGAGCACUGGGUCCGGAACCCAGAGGCCUGCGAAUCGAUCUACCGGAUGAAGGAGGAGAGUUUUGUGCGGAUGUGCCGCCCUGUCUGGUACAUCGCGGUGGCCGUGGUGGGCUUUCUGGUCCUCCAGAAGCUGGUYGCGGCGGCCUUUGCCGAGGAUCCGUCCGCCCGCCUCGACCGGACCGACCGCGCCCUUUUGGAAACCUAUCGGGCCGUCCAGGUCCUCCUCCGGGAACAUCAACGACACGAAGRGCGGCGACGCCAGCCRGAAAGGUGACCCCUCCUCGAAUUCGAAACGCCUGCGUAGCACCAUCUAUUACAAAACAAGA